ACUACUCUUUCUAACCAAUUUGUCAACCCCACCAAAGUAAACUAUCAUUUUCCUCUAAAACCCAAGAAAAAUCUCACUCUCUUCUCUCAUUGUAUUCUUCUUCUCUUGUUUUUUACCACGAGCCAUUUGAUGAGUCUUUUGAGUUUCUCUAGUUUCUAAACACAGUAACAUUCCAGGCAGGGAUUCUGAGUCUAUGGACCGGCAUAGUUCCUUGUUGAACUUGUUUCUGUUCUGUGGCUUUUGGAUAGCUGCUUUCUGUGAUCAGGAUGGUUUCUUGAGCUUAUCAUGUGGUGGAAGUACCAAUUACACCGACAUGUCUAAUAUUUAUUGGAUCCCAGACAGUUCAUUCAUAAGCACCGGAAACACUACCACCAUACAGCAUGCAGAAGGGACAUCCUCAUCGAGUGUCCCUAUUCGGUAUUUUCCAGAUUCCCAAGGUCGGAAAUGUUAUAGACUACCAGUGAAGAAUGUGUCUUCUAUGGUUCUUGUUAGAGCUCAAUUUGUAUACAAAAACUAUGAUGGAGAUGGGAAACCACCAUCAUUCUCUGUAUCACUUGGAACAGCUACUCUUAGUACCACAGACCUCAGUAGUAAAGAUCCCUGGAUUGAAGAGUUUUUGUGGCCAGUUAAUAAGGACGUUCUUUCCUUUUGUCUGCUUGCUAUUCCAGAUAAAGGGUACCCUGUAAUUUCCUCCCUCGAAAUUCGGCCACUUCCUCAAGAUUCUUACACUACUGGCAUGGAAGAUUUCCAAAAUACUUCACUUAGGAAGAGGCAUCGAAUCAACUGUGGCUACACCAAUGGCUCACUUCGGUACCCUUCGGAUCCAUAUGACCGAAUAUGGGAUUCUGAUGAAAAUUUCUCACCAUUUCACGUGUCAACUGGGUUUAAGAUUGAAGUUAGCUUUGAACGGGCUGGUUUUAUAAAGGAGAGUCUACCUGCUGCCAUUCUUCAAACUGCAAGAGUGUUAGCAAGGAGGGAUGUCUUGACAUACAAGUUGCCUCUUGAUACAAUGGGGGACUAUUACAUAAUCCUCUAUUUUGCUGGGAUUCUUCCGGUUUUCCCUUCGUUCGAUGUAUUGAUCAAUGGUGACAUUGUUCAAUCAAACUACACUGUGAAGACCUCAGAAGUCAGCGCUCUAUAUGUUACAAGGAAAGGAAUCAAUAGCUUGAAUAUAACACUAAAGAGCACCAGAUUCUGUCCUCAACUCAAUGGAAUCGAGGUUUAUGAGAUUAUUGAUGUUCCAUUGGAAGCAUCAUCAACAACAGUUUCGGCUCUUCAGGUUAUUCAGCAGUCUACUGGUUUAGACCUGGGAUGGGUAGAUGAUCCUUGCUCUCCCACAUCUUGGGAUCACAUAGGAUGUGAAUCAAACUUAGUAACAUCACUGGAGCUCCCUAACAUCAAGCUGAGGUCAAUAAGUCCAACAUUCGGUGACUUGCUGGAUCUUAAAUCACUGGAUUUGCACAAUACAUCGCUUACAGGUGAAAUACAGAAUUUGGAUAGCUUGCAACAUCUUGAAAAACUGAAUCUGAGUUUCAAUGAGUUAACAUCCUUUGGUACAGGAUUGGAGAACUUGGUCAGCCUUCGAACGUUGGAUUUGCAAAACAACAGUUUACAAGGAACAGUUCCAGACAGUUUGGGAGACCUAAUAGACCUUCACUUACUGAAUUUGGAAAACAACAAACUUGAAGGCACCAUUCCACAGUCUUUGAACAGAGAAAGCUUGGAAAUUAGAUCGUCAGGAAAUCUCUGUCUUUCUUUCUCCACAGUUACAUGCAGUGAUGUUUCAUCCAACCCUUCCAUAGAGACACCCCAAGUUACCAUUUUUAACAAAAAGAAGCACACUGGAUACAACCAUUUGGUCAUUAUACUUGGUGUCACUGGUGGAGCCUUGCUUGUUCUUUUUCUCUGUAUCACUCUUUCAGUAUUUUUGUACACGAGGAGAAAGAAAACUGAAAUGGCGAAUAGAGCAAGGGCAGAGGCAAUAGAUAUGCGCAACUGGAAUGCAGCAAAAAUUUUUACUUACAAAGAAAUCAAAUCAGCAACCAGCAACUUCAAAGAGGUCAUAGGGCGUGGUAGUUUUGGAUCUGUUUACCUUGGAAAGCUACCUCAAGGAAAGCUAGUGGCUGUGAAAGUGCGGUUUGAUAAAACCCUACUUGGAGCUGAAUCAUUUAUCAAUGAGGUGCAUCUCUUGUCAAAAAUUCGCCACCAAAAUCUUGUAUCUUUGGAAGGAUUUUGUUAUGAAUCAAAGCAGCAAAUACUUGUUUAUGAGUAUCUACCUGGUGGAUCGUUGGUUGACCACCUUUAUGGUCCCAAUAGCAGAAAAGUCUCACUAAGCUGGGUUCGUAGACUGAAAAUUGCUGUUGAUGCUGCAAAAGGAUUGGACUAUCUACACAAUGGAAGUGAACCACGAAUCAUUCACCGAGAUGUGAAGUGCAGUAAUAUCCUCUUGGAUGUGGAGAUGAAUGCCAAGGUCUGUGAUUUUGGCCUCUCCAAGCAAGUAACACAGGCAGAUGCAACUCAUGUGACUACCGUGGUCAAGGGCACUGCCGGCUAUCUUGAUCCUGAAUACUAUUCCACACAACAGUUGACCGAGAAAAGUGAUGUAUACAGCUUUGGAGUUGUCCUCCUGGAGCUCAUAUGUGGGAGAGAACCAUUGAGUCACUCAGGAACUCCUGAUUCCUUCAAUUUGGUCUUAUGGGCCAAGCCUUAUUUACAGGCAGGAGCAUUUGAGAUAGUUGACGAUAACAUAAAGGGAAGUUUUGAUGUGGAAAGCAUGAGAAAGGCAGCGUUUGUUGCUAUAAAAUCAGUAGAGAGAGAUGCAUCACAAAGACCUACUAUUGCACAAGUGUUGGCUGAGUUGAAAGAAGCUUACAGUAUUCAGCUAUCCUAUCUUGCAUCUCGUGACAUGUGAGUUAAUAUCUGGUUAGUACCAUUUGGUCUUCAAAACAUACUUUAUUUUUUUAUUUUUUCUUUUUUUCUUUUUUUGGCCUCAUAACUUCCACAAGUUUCUAUCACGGAGAACGCAACCCUGCAAGAAGAGAGCUAGGUCUUCGCUCUGCUAUGAGACAGUUGUUUCAUGAAGAGCAAAUUAUCACUAAUAUACGGGGACAGGAAAAAGAACAAGGAAAGAAUGAUCAGCCUUCUGAGCGUUUUGGAGUUUACUUAUCUAUCCGUAUUUGUAUUUAUUCUGUCAAUAGAAGAAAUUAAAGAAUUUUACUUUGACAUGUUAAAUCCAAAAUGAGUGUUGUACUAGUGGAAACUUUAUAAUACUUAUUAGGGUUUGGUUCCUCUUGUUUUCAUGGAAUGUCAGGUUGUGAAAUGCUCCUUGCUAUAUUGCACUUGCGUUUUCCCUUCUUUUUUUCCCCCCAAAAAAAAGCAUUUUCCCUUCUAUGCUUAGAGCAUCUUGGUACCAAGACAGUGUUCCAAAGAUUAUCCAAUGGGGCAUUGGCCAUGCCAAACCCACCAAAAAUUUGAUAUAGGUAAGUAGGUACAUAACCAUUUACCAAAACUAUAAGCUCAAACGCAACUGUUCCUUUGUUUCUCCAAAAAGUUCUACACAAAAAGCUAAAUAUUGGGGUGAAAUCAAUAGAUAAAAUACUGACUAAAUUUCCCCUAAUGAGAUGACAACUAGUAGUGUUUUCUUUUCUUCUUUAUCUUACCACUUCUCUUUGUAGAAUAUAACCCAGAGAAGGCAAUGGAGGCUAAUUCAACAAAUGCUUGCAUAACCAUCCAAAAAAUAACUCUAUUCUGCUAUGAUAUUGUAUAUCCUUUUUUCUUUUUUCUUUUUUUCUUUUUGGUCAAACUUGUAAAUCAGAAGAUUCUGACCAGGUGGAGUACCAA